AUGUCGAAGCAUCCAGAUGCCGUUGAACGCGCCCAUCAAGAGAUUGAUGGAGCUUUCGCUCAAAAGGCGUCUUCCACCGACUCACUGACAUACGCAGAAUGCUGUGCUCUCCCAUUCGUUGAUGCGUGUAUCCGGGAAGUCAUGCGUAUCACUGCAACUGCCUCUCCUCGAUGGCGCACUUCACCGGACCGGCCACUUCGUAUACACGACCGGGAUGUGCCUCCGGGAACAGCCGUAGCCACCAGCCCCUUCACUGUCUCCACCCAUCCUCAGCUCUACGGUGAGAAUUCCGAGGACUUUGUCCCCGCACGCUGGGUUGAGGCGUCUGAGGAGCAAUUGCGAGUGUGGAACUCGUAUGAUUCUCACUGGGGAUUCGGAUAUCGCAAAUGUCCUGGACGCCACAUUGGCGUUCUUGUCUUAUAUAAGACAUUCGUUACGUUCCAUGGCUGA